AUGGAUAUCGUCACCCCAUUUCUUGAUCAACUGUCAUCGGAAAACUCUUCCGUUGAGUCCUCCUCGGCUUCUGAUUGCAGCAGCAGUAGCACCACAACCAUCGGUGGUGUUGGAUAUGGAGAAGUGGAAGUGAUGCUGGCUUCGGAAAACCCAAAGAAGAGAGCAGGAAGGAAGAAGUUUAAGGAGACGCGACACCCGGUUUACCGGGGAAUAAGGAGGAGGAACUCCGGUAAGUGGAUUUGCGAGGUGAGAGAGCCUAACAAGAAAUCGAGGUUGUGGCUAGGGACGUAUGCCACCGCUGAAAUGGCAGCUAGGGCGCAUGAUGUGGCGGUUUUGGCCAUGAGAGGACGAUCGGCGUGUUUGAACUUUGCUGACUCGGUGUGGAGGCUGUCGUUACCGGAGUCUAGCAAUGUGAAGGAUAUAAAGAAGGCGGCGGCUGAGGCGGCGGAGGCUUUUAAACCGAGAGAUGAUGUGGUGGUGGAGAUGGUGGAAACGAAGGAGGUGGAGGAAAUGGUGGUUUAUAUGGAUGAAGAAGUGAUCUUUGGGAUGCCGGCGUUUCUUGUCAGCAUGGCGGAGGGAUUGAUGCUACCGCCACCUCAGACGGUGGGGUAUGGAAACUCUAUAGAUGAUAACAUUGAAUUUUGUGUUGACUUGCCUUUAUGGAGCUUUUAG